AUGUCGAGAUCCUCCCGUGGCCCCCCUCCGGCUUCGUCUGCCCCUCAGAGCGGCCGCUCCAACGAGUACUUCGUUCCGAGAGAUGGAAUUGAUCGCGAGGUCAUCACCGCCGAUAUUUGCCGCUACCUCGGCAACGACGCCCUCGUCCGCCCGGGUCACUACGAGAACCCCCAGACCGGACAAGUCUCACAGGGUUACUACAUCACCGCCUACCGAAACCUAACAACAGCCAUGAUCGACGACUUGAAGGCCGAUUCUGCGCGAUGGGAGGCAGAGAGGCGGCAGCAGGCCGCCCGGAAUAGUUCAGGAGGUACAUUUACCUCAAGAGACGCGACGGCUCUUUUGUCGAGACGUUCUAACUCCCCUACAGCAGGGUACCGCCAGUCGGAGACUCACUCCGCACGCCAACACUAUGGUCCCACGGAUUCCACUGGCUACCCGGACGUAGGACGUGAUUCCUAUGAAAGCACCCCUAGAUAUCCAGGAUCUCAAGCCCCAGGUUACUCGGGGAACUCUGCCCAGGGCUACUCUGGAUCUACCCCUUCCUAUCAACAGCAGCCUUCUUCUUCUUACUCAAGUGGUGGGUAUCCCUAUUCUGGACAGCCAGACCCAAGAGCCGACCCCAGGUACGCUGGACAGAGCCAAAUGGGACAAGGAUACGGUGAACCCCCGUACAUUGCUACGGCCGCGAACAUGGCGGCGCAAAGAAACUACCCCGCCGACCCCUACGCAGGACAGCCCUCUCGGACUCCUACUUCGAUGGCGCCUCCGCCAGGAGGGCCGGCUUACUCUUCCGGAUCACAGGUUCCGGCAGGAUAUCCCACAGGUUACUACCCGCCUUCGACGUCAGCCUCGUACGGUUCCACGCCGGUGGCUUCUGAUCCGAUGUACGGACGCGCGUCCCCAGCAGGUGGUGUUGCUCACCCGUCUCUCUCUGGCCAAGGAGGAUCACAGUAUGAUAAGCCCCCUGCACCCCGUGGUUCUGCUCCUCCAUCGAGUUCCAAAGCUCAGACGACAAGUAGUGGAUCAUCGCACUCUCGCCGCAGCGAAAGGGAUUCCGACAGGCAUCACCAAUCCGACCGCCAUCGCCCCCCGCGUCGCUAA